AUGAACCCAAAAGAGAUUUCUCCUAAUCUUCCAACUAAUCAACAAGAAAAAUCCUUUGACUGCAUUGAUGACGAAGACAUAAAAGAGGAUAGAAAAGAAGCUCAACCUCAUUGUCAAGAAUGUAAUCAAAUUAUCCCUUUUCAUUUAUUAAGAGGCUAUUUUUACCGAAUAAUUGAAAGUGGAGCAUUUUUCAGGCUAUUAGUUACCGGCAAAGGCACUGACAAUCGCGGCGAAAUAGCCUCGGGAAAAGGAAUAAAAUAUAAAGGAGAAAGAAGAGUUUUCUUUAUCACUUUACAAUAUGCCAACAAAUCCGAUAGUGCUUUAAGUGGCGAUGCUUUACAUUAUGUUUUUGAUGAAGCCAUGCCCUCUGACGGCAGACAAUUAGAAAAUCCCAAUGAAGAAGCUCCACCUGCUGAAAGAGGCAAAUAUGGUCGCAUGUUAGAUACAGUGAGAAAUCCCCGUCGCCACAAAACCGGAACUUAUGAAGAAAUAAAAGACUGUAUUUAUGCCCGAGAAUUAAAACAGGGAACAACAAAUCACCAAAAAUUUUGGUAUAAAAAAGGCGAAGAGGAAGAACUAGAACCUGACAUUUUACAUAUAUGUUUUAGCCCCGAAGAAUACAUUGAUAAUAAGACAUUGCCUGAUUUUUUUACUGGUGAAACCGAAAACAAAGCCCACCAAGCCAAACAAACAAUAACGAAUUUAAUUAAUGCUAAUAUCACAAAUUUUGAUAAGAGCGAAAACGAAAAAGAACCCGCCACCAAUUCAAAGGAAAAAGAAUUAACCAACUUUAUUCCUCAUGCCAAGAAAGAAACUAAUGGAGAUUUAGUGAUUAAAGCCGAAGACAUAAACAAAAUUUUGCUUUAUUUAAAAAGAAAAGCCGAAGCAGAGGAAACAACUAGCCAAGAAGUGAAAAAAUUAAAAGAUACUGAUAAGUGA